AUGAGGAUAGAAAGCGAAUGUGAUCGAGGGGAGGGAAUCACUUUUGAAUUUAGGAGAGAAGAGUGCAUCCCUAAAGAACUGCCCCAGAAACUUUUUCAGCGGGCACACUGCGUGGCUCACUGGACCCAGGAUAACUAUACGUUUAUUAUACUGCAGCAUGCAGAGGUUCACACAAAAUGGUUCUGCCUGAGGACCUCUGACCCCCUCAACGAUAUCAGAAACGCCUAUUUGUGGCUGAAGGUCAUCUGCGACACCUCGGAAAAACCUUCAACUGAACGGACCUUCUCCAGUACCUGUGCUGACGAACUGGAGCUGUGUCCUGAGAUGAUUCACUACUGCAGUAUGGCUUACAGCAUGCACUGUACUCACACGUGCGGCCAAUGUCUGUCUGAGAACCAGAUCGGCGAGUGCACGUUUCAGGAGCAGUACAGAGGAACAUGGAUUGAAAGCAGUUCCCAUGCCGAUGUUAAUUUCAACAUCCACGCCUACUCACUGCACACAGAGAACCAUGGAAAAUACGACUGUCUUAAUCUAGAAAGCCAGCACAUGAAAGAUCGACGAGUCCUGCUUGAAUUGUUCAGUAAUGGCUGCUUACCACGCUACGCAUGUGUGGAGAUGGCAAAGGUCACUUCCUCUGUGAUGAAGUUCCGGUUGGGAAACAGGCUGACUUGGCCGUUGCCCAGUCUGAAGAACCAGAAGGAAGAGGUGUGUAAAUCGGACAACUUCAAGUCUCGGGAAACUUAUGGUGCUAAAAAUGCAAAAGAGAGGCCUGCCAAAUUGUUGGUAAACACAGGGAACAUAAGAGAA